CAAGCAUCAUGCUUAUCGUCACCGAUACCUUGAAACCCGUCACCUUCUUCUUCUUCUAACUUAACCGUCAAUGCAUGACGACGACGACGACAACGAAUUCGAUUCAUUCCUCGACGCCUCAGACGAUUUCUUUUACGAUUUGCAUCCCAAUGACCCGUCGCUAUUCCCUCCGUAAACGCUCCGCCUUGGGUCUCCGGCGACGAAGGUCGGCACUUCGCCGCAAUUUCAUUUGCUCCGAUGUCGAAACGGACUCGUCUUCUUCCUCCUCCUCCUCCAAUGUGUCAGCGAAACCCAUCUAUCUGGAAAUCAGCGAGGAGGAGCUCACAAGCGAGAUAGAUAGCGACGCAAUCGAUUCAACAGAAAAAGAGACCGAAUUGGUUGUGAUUAUGGAUAUGAAUGGAGUUGUACCCGAUUCGGUUCGGGUCCGGGCUGACCCGGUUCAGGAAAGCGAAGAAUCCACCGUAAUCGAUGCAGUAUCUCCACCACCGUCGCAGCUCCAAGAACGUAAUCGAACAGAUGGGUCUCUCCUCGGGUCUCUAGUGUUCAAAGCAAUCGAAUUUCAAUUCAAUUUGAUGACCAGACUUGUAAAGUCUCCUCCUUUCUUGCUCAGCUGGUGCUUCCUCUUCCCUUUCGACCCCUUCACCACUUUCAAGCUCGCCAGACGAUUCUUACUGACGCAAGUCUCCCUCUUUACUGAAAUGUUAAUGGGAACUACUUUUAAGUUCAAAGAGACCAAACCUACGGUGAAUGUUGCGUGUAAGUUUGGAUGGGGUUUGUUUAGGGCUGCUUAUGUAGGCGUUAUGUUGUUUGGUCUCUUGGUUUUAGCGUUUGUGAUUGGUGGGUUUAUGAUAAACCGUGUAGCCGAUCAGCCGUUUGUGAUCAAGGAGGUUUUGAAUUUCGAUUACACCAAGAAUAGUCCUGAGGCGUUUGUGCCCAUAACGUCAUGUGCUGGUGUUGCUUGCGAUGGGAGCUGUAAGGAGAGUAAUGAGAUGAUAAAGAUCAGGGGACUGCGAGCUAUCCCUCGUGGCCACAAGUUAGAGAUCACCCUUUCGUUGACGUUACCUGAGUCCUAUUACAAUAAAAACCUCGGCAUGUUUCAGGUUCGGGUUGAUUUCUUAUCUGCGGAUGGUCAAACGCUUGAUACCAUAAGGCGUCCAUGCAUGUUAAGAUUCAGAAGCGAGCCUAUCCGUCUUGUCCAGACAUUUUUGAAAGUAGUUCCGUUAGUGACAGGAUAUGUCUCUGAGAUCCAAACCUUGAGGUUGAAGUUGAAAGGCUUUGCAGAGAAGGACACCCCCACUGCUUGUUUAAAGGUAAUGAUCGAACAGCGUGCAGAGUUUCGACCAGGGGCAGGUAUUCCAGAGCUGUACGACGCGUCUCUCUCGCUUGAAUCAGAUCUUCCUUUCUUGAAGCAAGUUAUUUGGAAAUGGCGGAGGACUUUGUUCGUCUGGAUCAGCAUGAGCCUGUUCUUUACGGAAUUGCUUUUCGCGUUGGUUUGUUGCAGAUCUCUCAUCAUCCCAAGAACACAACGUAGAGACACACCGGCUUCAAAGUAG